AUGCAGGUGAGUCGUCGACCGGGGGGGAUGUCUACCGACGGGUUAAGCGAGUUAGAAGUUUCGACGAUCACGGCGACAAGGCACUGGGAGGAUGUUUCGCUGCAGGGUCGGAGGGUUGAAGUAUGCGAAGGCGGCAAGGCAAAGGAUGCCACGGGAGGCAGAGUAAGGAGCGAUGGGGAGGUGCAGGACACGGAAGUACCUAUAGUAAUUUGA